GAAUAAGAAUCAGAUGCGAGAGGGCAGACAGUAGAGUGGAGAAGAGAUUAUCCAGCUGGUAAGUAAGACAAGGUAUUAUGAGACUGAAAACUGAAAAAUAGCGUACAGUGAUCAAAGACAAACUUAACAACGUAAGACGAUGGCUUCAUCCUCCUCAGGAAACCCGAACAACCCAGAAGUGAGAAAAGACAUCGUGUGGAACCGCUGGGUGAUAUUCUCACCCGCUCGUGCAAAACGACCCUCGGACUUUAAGUCCAAGUCCCCCGCCGACCCGAACCCGAACCAGCAAUGCCCCUUCUGCAUCGGCCACGAGCACGAGUGCGCGCCCGAGAUCUUCCGGGUCCCGACCCAUGACCCGGAUUGGAAAAUCCGGGUCAUCCAGAACCUCUACCCCGCCCUCUCCCGCACCCUCCCCGAACCCCAAGGUUCGGCUUCCACGACGGGUUCGGUCCUGACCGGGUUCGGCUUCCACGACGUGGUGAUUGAAACCCCGGUUCACCCGGUUCAGCUCUCCGAUCUGUCUCCUUCACAAAUUGGGAAAGUUUUCCUCGCUUAUACCGAGAGAACUCGACAGCUCGCGAGCCAUGAAUCCAUCCAAUACGUGCAGGUGUUCAAAAACCAUGGUGCUUCAGCUGGUGCAUCAAUGAGUCAUUCUCACAGUCAGAUGAUGGCCCUGCCAGUUAUUCCACCUAGUGUUUCUGCCCGUCUUACAAGUAUGAAAGAUCAUUUUGAUCAGACAGGGAAAUGCUUUAUUUGUGAAAUUCAAUGUAAAGAUCUUUUGAUUGAUUCAUCUACCAACUUCUUUUCACUGGUUCCUUUUGCUGCUACUUUUCCUUUUGAGAUAUGGAUUGUUCCUCGGUACCACACUGCUCACUUCCAUGAAUUGGAUGCUGAAAAGGCAGUUGAACUUGGAGGUUUGUUGAAACUAAUGCUCAGGAAGAUGGCCUUGCAGUUGAACAAUCCACCGUUCAACUAUAUGAUUCACACUAGUCCACUUCAUGCUAAAGGGUCGGAGUUAGCAUACAAUCAUUGGUUUAUACAGAUAAUACCUCAACUUAUUGGGAUUGCGGGUUUUGAGCUUGGAACUGGUUGUUACAUAAAUCCUGUGUUCCCCGAGGAUGCUGCAAAGGUUCUAAGGGAAGUGAAAGUUCCAGAGUCAGGAUAAAGCGUGCAGAAAACAUAUUGGUUAUCUAAUCUAAAACUUGUUAGGUGGUAAGUUUUUCUUUGAUUCACAUACGAGGGACAAGCUUUUUUUGCUACGGUUUUUAUACUGAGUCUCCUAGUGAGGGAGUUUCGGCUCUUACAAAUGUUGGUCAUAAAACAUCGAGAUGUUGGAAAUUUGAAAUAAAAUAUUCAUUGUGUAUUGGAGUCAUUGAGGAAACGAAUAUGUCCUUUUGGGGGUAAUGGAAGGGUUUCUUUUUGCCGGCUUAUUAUGCAUUAAGAGACUAGGGCUUGUUAAGAACUUUCUCUUUUUCCAGUAGUUACUAUUCGUAGCUUACAAGGAAAACGCAGAAAUAGCUGAGGUUUUUUCUUUUUGACAAAAAAAUGUAAUUAUUAUAAAUUUAAGACUAUUUUAUGAAUGGUCGAAAGUUUCAUAUUUUGUGAGCUUCCUCUGAGUCCAACCACUACUGAGCCAUCACCGUCAACAUUAACGGAGACGAUGACAACACGUGUAACAAACAACUGGAUGCUUAGGGAGUUGAAGUGUGGACUGUUCUUGCCUUUGUAAUUGACUAUAUUAAGGGUGUGUUUAGAUAAAAAGUUACCUUCAACAUAAUUGGCUUUUAUCUUAACGAGACAGAAUACUUGCUUCUUAA